CCCCGGUUCCUCCUCCUCUUCUCUUCUCUCUAAAAUCAACUAAUUAAAUUACCAAAAAGCACCUGAAUGAUUCUGAUCAUCAUCAACGGUCAACGAUUAUGAUUACCGCCAAGACUUUAACCUACUAUCUCUCCGAACACCCCUCAAUUAUCAACUUCCGUUGGAGCCACACCCAAUCCUGGGGCUCCACCUGGUCAUUCCUUUUCACAUCCAUAACCCUCUAUCUCGCCCUAUCCAUCCUCCUCCACCUCUUGUUAGCUCUCCUCAUCCGACGUGGUCGUCCCGUUUCACUUGGUCCAAUCCCCGCUCUCCACAGCCUCUCCAUGUCCGUUAUAUCCGCUACCAUUUUCGCCGGAAUCCUUCUCUCAACGGCUUCCGAAAUACGGGAGACUCGCUGGUUUUGGCGCCGCAGCAAGACGACUCCGCUUCAGUGGCUACUUUGCUUCCCUCUUGGAACACGUCCUUCCGGGCGUGUCUUCUUUUGGUCAUAUAUUUUCUACCUUUCUCGCUUCAUCCACAUGUGGCGUACUUUCUUCACCAUCCUACGACGUCGAAAACUGGUGUUCUUCCAGUUAUUCUACAAUUCAAUUUUAACGCUUACGUCGUUCUUGUGGCUUGAGUAUUCUCAGUCAUUUCAGGUUUUAGUGAUUCUGUUUACGACGUUGGUAUAUUCAGUUGUUUAUGGGUACAGGUUUUGGACGGGAAUAGGAUUACCAAGAGCUUGUUUUCCGUUGGUUAUAAACUGUCAAAUGGUGCUUUUGGGAUGCAACUUGGUGUGCCAUAUUGGAGUUCUCCUGCUGCAUUUUAUGAAGAACGGAGGGUGUAAUGGGAUUGGGGCCUGGGUUUUUAACUGUGUCUUGAAUGCUGCGAUUUUGCUUCUGUUUUUGAAGUUCUAUGUCCAGAUGCAUUUAGAGAAGAGAAAAUUUUGUUUAAUUGCAACCAAAGGGGAAGACAAUGUCAAACUUAAAGAUUAUUAGACUUCUUUUUUGGCUCUCUAAAUUCUGGGAAAUCCAGUUUGUCUUUUGUAGAAAAAGAAAAAAACGUAGAAGACGAUAUUGUAUGAUAAUGGGCAUGGUAAAGUUGUAUAUUAAAUAAUCUCUAGGCAAAUAGGUUCUUUGUUUUGUUUUAUUAUUGUAAAUGAAUAUGCUUAAUAGAAUAAU